UGUACGAUAGUGUAUAUUGUGCAGCUCGUAUAAAUGGUGCGAAAGAUCACAACAGCGGCUGUUGGCUUCGAAGAACCUUGUCGUGCGUUAUCGUUGCGCGAGGGACGCUCGAAGGAAAGAGAGAGAGAAAAAAACAACAGUGUGACAAUGUUGAAUCAGGCGGUGGUCGAGGCUUUAUAUUCAGCAACGUAUAUCGAGAACUACCUGGACUGCGUGGAGAAUCUACCGAACGAUCUGCAGAGACAUGUUUCUCGUCUGCGUGAACUGGACGCUACUUGUCAAACAUAUUUACGCGAAGUGGAUCAGCAUCAAGAGACACUACGAAAUGAUACAGAUCCCAUCAUUAAAAGGAGAGCAUUAGUAAGAGUACAGCAAGCGCUUAUUGCAGCACAAGAGAUAGGAGAUGAGAAAUUACAAAUUGUUCAACAAGUGCAAGAUCUAAUAGAGAACAAGUCCAGACAGCUAGAUUUAGAUUAUCGAAACCUAGACUUUGGAAAAGAACAAGAGAGUUCUGAAUCAGUUCGCGAAUCCAAUAUAAACAAUAAUUCGAAUAAUGCAAGUCAUGGAAACAACACGGAACGCCAGCCGAAACGCGCCAGAAGAACGAGAACAGAAACAUUGAUAGAGUCAGCGCAUUCCAUGGAUAUGAUGGUAGGAAUGACAGAAACAAGAUCAUCAGCCUUAUCAAGCACGAGCAACGGAAAUCAAAAGAAAACAACAGCAGCCGCAACUGGUAAAAAGAAGAAGCGGAAAUCUCGACAAGGCAAUCAGCAAAAUCAGCAUCGGGAGGACACUCCGCCGCCUCCAGAGGAUGAUCUGGCAAUUGAUCCUGACGAACCGACUUACUGUCUAUGUGACCAGAUAUCAUACGGCGAAAUGAUUCUUUGCGACAACGAUCUCUGUCCCAUAGAAUGGUUCCAUUUCUCAUGUGUUUCUCUAACCACUAAGCCCAAGGGCAAGUGGUUCUGUCCUAAGUGUCGUGGUGAUCGACCUAACGUCAUGAAACCUAAGGCGCAAUUCCUCAAAGAGUUGGAAAGAUACAAUAAGGAGAAAGAGGAAAAAUCGUAGCAAGAACACGGCGAAAGACUUAAGAAUUUUGGAAAACUUAAUUGGACUUGAUCAGAAUAUUUGUAGAAUAUAAUUUUAUUUUCGCGGUAUUAAAAUUUUACGUAAGUCGAAAAUUAUAUUAUUUUUCGUGAAAUCUCACAACUUUCUCUUAAUUGUACAAAUACGUUUGAAAAUAUAUUUCUUUGUAUGUAAAUUGUAAGAGAUAGAUGAGUGUAUAUGACAUGAUUCAUGAUUGUACAUAUGAUAUAAUACUAUCACACAUUAAACGAAUCACAGACUUUAUGUUCAAAAUGCAUUUCUUUUGUUGAUAUGGACUGAUACUGACUUAAUAUUUUCUAUUAGCUUAGAACGUUGAUGACGAGUAAAAGAUCUUUACAGCAGCAAAGUAGUCCAAAAAAUACAUGACUUAUAUUUUAAUUAUUUAAAUAUUAAUGUAAUAAGAAGUGAAAAUAAUAGUGUGUAAAUAAUUACAAAGUAAGUAGACUGAAAUAAAUAGAUGCAAUAUUAAAAAGAUCAACGAAAUAUAUGUGGAUUAUAGUAUAUAAUAGAUAUAUAGUAGCUUUAUCUUAAAUACACUGUUUAAAAGUCACUUUUGUGAAAAUUGAAUGGAUGUAAAAUAUUUCAUACAUUAGAUACAAGCAGUUGUAUUGACUUGUGUUGGAAAGAGAGUAAAGAAUUCGUAAAUACAUCGCAA